ACUUCCCUUUUUCUAUAUACUUCACACCCAUCUCUUCAUUUCUUCCCUUUCCCUCUCUCUCCACUCUUCCUCUCAUAUUCACACACAUAGAUCAACAGUGAGUGAGCAAAAAAAACCAAUUUUUUUAUAAAAAAAAAAUAACAUUUCAAUGGACAACAAGAAGGCAAUAUUGAAGAACAGUUCAAUCUAUGGCUGCGGCGGCGACAUGAAGAAAAGUCCAUCUGAAUUAGCUCUUCAAGAACUUUUUGCCUCUGAAAACGACAGAAAAAUCCACCACUUUGAAGCCUCUGAUUCCUAUAAUCUCUUUGCCAUGGACCACUCCGAUGAUCAUGCCACUUUCCCCUUCAAGAAUUUGGAGAUCCGUCGGGAAACAUCUGCUCCUAACGCGUUGGCAGAGCCUCAAGUUUGGCCUUGGAAGUCUAUAUGUGUUGACAGCCCGUCGUACGCCUCAAAGGGCUCGGAGACUCAAGCAGUAGGCGCCAGCAGCGGCUCGUCUCAUGACCAGUCGGACGAAGAGGACAUUGAGAUAGAAGCCGGCUCUUAUGACCACAGCACGAACCCCGCUGAUGUCAAACGCAUCAAAAGGAUGGUCUCCAACCGCGAGUCUGCGCGAAGAUCCAGACGAAGGAAGCAAGCUCACUUGGCAGAUCUUGAACAGCAGGUGGAACAAUUGAGAGGUGAAAAUGGAACUCUCUUCAAACAGCUUGCUGAAGCCACUCAGCAAUUCAAAGAUUCAACGACGAACAACCGCGUGCUGAGGUCAGACGUGGAGGCGCUACGAGCCAAGGUGAAGCUGGCCGAGGAUAUGGUGGCUCGGGGCUCGCUGACAUCGAGCCUGAGCCAUCUUAUCCAAAACUACCUCACCACGCCACACGACUACGUGAACAGCAGCAGCGGUGGCAGCAGCAGCAGUAUUCCCCCGAUGAUGGGGGGCCGUGCUGACGAUGGCUCUCCGUAUUCUGGAUCAGCAGCGGUCCAGAAUCCGGAGAGCUUCAGCAGCAACGGGGUGGCCGGACCGGAGAUGUGGGGUUGGGAGGGCCAUCAUGGUCAUCACAAAUGAAGAUUGAAGUGCUUUUGUUUACUUGUUUUUAUCCAUUUUUGUGUUGAUUUGUUUGCUAGAUUUUGUGUUGUUGCCUUUGGAUGUGUUUGAACUGUGGUUGUGGAAUUUAAUAAUACCUCUCCUUGCUUUGUUA